UCCACCUGGGACCUCCCCGCUUCCUCCUUGCUCACCUAACUUCCGGCCUGUCUCUUUCUCUUCUCUCUCCUUUCCUCCUUCCCAAUCAGCCUUAGUCAGUCUGUGGAUGUGUCUGCUUCGCUCCCACACUAUUAAAAGCAGCUCAGUCAUGUCAGCGUGUGGAGAAUCGUGGGAACGCUCUCGCCGGGUCUUCAUUUCUUUGGAUUAGGAUACGCCGGGUGUGCGCUCGUUUUCUGGGCUUUUUGCGGCUUCGCUCGGGGUGUGUACGGAGCGCAGCGGACCGACCGCCAAGAGUUUCAUUAGGGUUUGACCCUCUAUCUACGGGAGGGCUGUUUUUUCUUGUCCCAGCACAGGACAAAGGACGUGGGGAAAUUAAGGACUAAAGGAGGACGGCAGAGUAGGAGAGUGGUGAACAUGGAACCCGGUUUCCUUGCUCUCGCCUUUGGUCUUUUAUUAAUCGGUGGAUGCUCGGCCCGUGUGGUGACGGUGUCUCCUGGUCCGUUAAUCAGGGUGGAAGGUCAGCCGGUCUCCAUCCGGUGUGACGUCAACGACUAUGGAGGACCCAGUGAGCAGGAUUUCGAUUGGGAGAUGUCCAGGGAAGUAACCGGGCCAAAGAUCAGGAUCAUCUCCACCUUCGAGUCCGGCUUCUCGGACUCUUUGUUCAGCAGGCGUGUCGCGUCCGGUGACAUCUCGGUGGUGCGUCUCCAGGACAAUGAGGCGGAGCUAAAGAUCGGCGAGGUGAAGCUGACGGACGCCGGUUUCUACCUCUGCCGAACGCCGAGUACCGACCCGACCACCAGCGGCAACUACAAUGCUCAGGUCCAGCUCAGGGUUAUCCCUAACACCCUCAAGGUGACCCCCCAGACGCCGCCCCCGGUCGUCCAAGAGGGACACGACCUCACGCUUUCCUGCAACGCCACGCGAGAACUGGCCUUCCCUUCCCUGACCUACCUGUCCGUCGCCUGGUUGGUGAAAACCGGCGGCGGCUCUGAGGAGAUCCUCACGUUUGGCCCCCAGGGAGACGUCGUCACGGGUCCGAGGUUCACCCGCCGCUACCUUGACGGGGACCUCCGCCUGGUUCCCGGCAGGAGCGGCGCCUUCCAGCUGGUGAUUUCCAGGGUCACCGCGUCCGACGAAGGGACGUACGCCUGCACGGGGUCGGAAUGGACGCAUGAAAGCGGAGGGAAGUGGACGAAGAUUGUGGAAAGCUCCAAGGAGAUGGGGGCCGUCUCCGUCACUCCUACAAAUCGUUCCCUCAAUGUGAAAGCUUCAUCUUCGCCUUCCUCGCCAUCCUCCUCUUCACUGCUACUGUCUCCCGGCAACACGCUGACCCUCCUCUGCCGCGUCUCCGCCGGCAACCUGCGCGCCCUCUCCCUGGAGGUGACCUGGCUGGCCGACGAUCGCGAAAUCAUCACCGUGAACCACAGCGGCGUGGUGAGCGCCAGCGCGGCCUCGAAAGGAGGCGAUGCCAGCCUGGAGAAGACUGGAGACGGCGACUACAGGUUGGCGGUCAGGGGCGUGAGCGGCAGGGACGGCGGGAUCUAUACCUGCCGGGUUCAAGCCUUUAUGGAGGAAGGACGCAUCACAGGAGGAGGAGCAGGGCGGUGGCACAAGGUGGCGGAGAGAACCUCCAACCCCGUGACUGUGAAGGUCUCUGAAACCAAGCCGAACUUCACUCUGACCCUGGAAGCCGCCAAAAAGCCCCAGAAGACAGGCGAACCCAUAGAGCUCUCCUGUGACGUGACCAACAUCAUCCAGUUACCACCAGGGGGCAGACUAGGUGUCAGAUGGGAGCACAGCGGCCUUCCUGAUAAGGGGACAAACGCUCCGCCCCCGAAGCUCAUUGGCUCCUUGGACUCCUACGGCAACCUGGAGUCGAAUUCGGCUUACAAAGACAGGCUGGACAGCGGAGUGUUGGGUCUGAGCAGAUCCCAACCCAACACGUUCAAACUGCGGUUUCUCCGCACGCAGAAGAUCGACAUGGGCCAGUAUGUGUGCGCCGUCUCUGCCUGGAGCGUUAGCAGCCAGGGGGAGAUGGUGCAGGCCGCCGAGUACAAAAGCUCGCCGCUGACCGUACGGUGGGACACCAAGACCCCCACUCUCAACGUCGCGGCCAAAACCAUUCGUCAGGCCUCUGUGGGCGGGGCUACCUUUGAGAUGAGCUGCUCCGCCGUCACCGAGAACAUCGGGGACUGGAUCGGCUUCGCCGUGUACAUCCAAUCACAGGGCAGCAUGGACGGCGGCGUCAAAACCAUCAUGUCCCUUAGCCCCGACAACGUGGUGCAGAUCACCGACCCAGCUAGGAGCGACAACCUGGUUCUUUCCAAAACCGGCUCGGGAGAGUUCCACUUCCGCCUGGAGGGCGUCCAGGUGUCCGACAAAGGUUACUACUGGUGUAACGUCACGGCUUUCACCAAACAGCAGCCCGAUCAGUCCUGGACCACCGCCGCCACGUCGGAGUCCAACAAAGUUAACAUUGACUUUAAAGUAAACGGGCCGAUAUUCUCCGUCAAAAUCCACUCCGACGCCAGCAGCGUUUAUCCGUGGGAAACGGCCAAGAUGGAGUGCUCCGUCGGCGUCUCCGGAUCCUCGCCAAAAAGCGGCGGCGCGAACUCUCAGACAGAGGAGCUGGCGUACGAGGUCAGGUGGUUUUUCACCCGGCUGCGCGGCGAACAGACCACGAGUCCGGUGGUCAGCGUGGACCGCUUCGGCGUCGCGACCAAGCCCAACCGCAACUCGUCCAGCGACGUCUCCAUAGAGCGCAAGGACGCCAACACCUACGUGCUCAACAUUUUCGGCACUCAGGACAGUGACAGCGGUGAGUACCACUGCAUGGUGACGCCGUGGUACAAGUCGGCCUCAUCAGGACUUUGGACUCAGGAUAAAGACUAUACCUCUGGCAAAGUCUUCCUCUCCGUCAAAUUUGCAGUAUGGGACUCCUUAAAGCUACCUCUCCUAUACGGUGCAUCAGCCUCUCUGGGUGUGGGCGUCUUCUCUCUGCUCCUGGGCCUGAUUUGCGCCCGCUGCUGCUGCCGCAACACGGCGCACACUCCCCGCUCGCGCAGCAAGCUGAUGGACCUCGAGAUGGACUGACAAACACUUUCCCCUGCGCCCGCGCACUGCAGCGCCCACAAGAAGCACCACCACGCGCAAAACAGACACACUCCCGUCGACGACUUCUGGGACACCCACCUGUUUGCCGCCGACGGGCGCUGGGAAUGAGCCCGUCGUUUCGGGAGCCUGGCCGACCGAUCACAGUGCUUAUAUUUUUGAAAUAAAAUUAAAUCUAAUAAAGGUGCUUUUUGGGGAGGGGGAACUUCUCCGCUCUGCAGUGGAGGCGCAGGGGAUUUUUCACGCUCGCUCGAUGGAGAAAUAGCCUUUCAGACUCCUGCUUCGUUUUUUUGAAUACGUUUUGUUUUCCCGAUAGGAUUUCUAUCCGCUUUGAGAAACUCUGAGAAAGCCGGAGCUUCUGAGAUGUCACUUUCCCGCUGGGACUAGAGGACCUCUACACAGAUCUGCUGCUCUCUCUAACCACUAGGAAUAACAAGAAAAGAAGAAGAAGCGCUCAGGCUGGAUUACUUUCUUUUUCACUGCUUUUUUUCCAUAUGCCAAGGCUCAUCGCAAAGUACAACCUUUUUUUUUUUUUUAAUAGCGGAUGAACCACGAAAAACUCCGAAGCUGGAUUAAUCGUACCUGGAUUUAUCUGAUUUUGUUUUUUUGGGGGUUUUUUCGUUUUGAAGCCUGAGCCGUCCUUCUGCCAUAAAGGAGUUUGUGGAGUAAAUAUAAAAACAUGUUUCCAAAUGAGAGGCGUUGCACUAUACCAUCCCAGAGUGAUCCUAUUUUAACAAAAAAAGGAAAAUAACUAACUUUAUUGUCAGGACUUUUCUCUUUUUCCUUUUUUUUUGUUAUCUUUUGAAAAUUGAGAGAUUUUAAAGUGACAUUAAAGAGACAUUUUUAAGCUUUACAAAAAGAUAUGCAGUCGGUGUGUUUGUGUGUGAGAUAUACUGUACACAGUGCCAAUAUUUGUGGAGUGUGCUUAGUUCAGAUUACCGGACCGACACUUGAACAGUCGCUACUGGCGGCGGAGGAAAACACUCCUCUUUUAUAAGUAUUCAGAAAUGUAUCCAGAUGUUAUUUUUGCCUGAGUCUUGUGUGUGUUUUGUACAGUGUGUGAGUGCUGUGCGACAAAGGGUUGCAUGUACUGUUUAGUAACAGUAUGAUGUUUGUCAUGGGCGACAUAAAUCUUUUCUCCUUCCUCACUAAAAGCCUGCUGCUUUCGGAUUUUAAAAACUGGCUGCUGAAAAUGCUAGCCAACGUGAGCACAUGAUGCUAAUUCAUUAUGACACAAGAAACUCAGUUGCUUUUUUUCUUUAUUAUUUGCAUUAAUCAUAGUUUGUAAUUUUGCAUGUCCAUGAGCCUCACAUGUUUUAAUUUGUUUUUAAAUAGUUUUUUUAAAUGUGCUUAGCUUGGAUUUGUUUAGCAUAAAGACGAAAAGCAGAGAGACGGCUAAAUCUGCUUGCUAACAGAAAUCAUAUGGACAACCUACUUUUGUUAAAUGACUAUAAAACAGCUUUUGGCCACUAUAUGAACCCCAAUUUUUAUAAUUUUUGUAACAUAUGUGAAGCUGUGAAAGUUUUGCUUUCCAAAACUAUAACUUUUUACCUCAACUAGUAGUUAGCCUAAUUAAAUUAUGCUAGGUUCUAUCCCACUUCAAGCUGGAUUUUAUGCAACUUUUAAGAUGGUCUAUGGUUAAACUCAAACUAGGUUUAAUCCCUGUUUAAGCGAGGCUUCAAUUUACUUCAAGCUGUUGCCUGUGGGUCUGUCAAAAUUCAGGGGCUACAUUUGAAGGUUGAUUAUGUCACAACUCCAUCCAAAUUCAAAGGCCUCUUAAAAGAGUUGGGGGGGUUUUCUGCAGCGUUGAAGGACAGAUACAACUUCAUGCUGUGUAUCAGGAUUGGUUGUUUCCCACUUCAAGCUAGACCAUAACCUGCUUCAAGCUAGGCUAUAACCUGCUUCAAGCUAGGCUAUAACCUGCUUCAAGCUAGGCCAUAACCUGCUCCAAGCUAGGCUAUAACCUGCUUCAAGCUAGGCCAUAACCUGCGUCAAGCUAGGCCAUAACCUGCGUCAAGCUAGGCCAUAACCUGUGUCAAGCUAGGCCAUAGCCUGCGUCAAGCUAGGAUGUGUAAGGCUAUGCUAUAUUCUGCUUUAAUCUGUCCAAAAACGCAUACAUAUUCAGUUUUGUUAAAUUCUUUACUGAUGGUUGUUAGUUGACAUGGUAACCAGAAAACAUUUGGAAAAUGUAACCUCUAAUAUUUCCUUAAAUUAUUUAAUAUGUUUAGCUUCUUCUCAUGAUUUGCUCUAUACCAAGCUGGCUGUAUAAUUGAUAUUUAUGUUGCAGAUUUUCUUUCAGAUAAAAAUUUUAAAAGAGGAAUCAUAAAAUUUGGCAUAAUUUCAAAAUAUUAUUCAUGUAGUAUAAAACCUAAGAAAUGUUAAAUUGUUAAAUUGAUCAUUUCUGACGUGGACUUGGUGUAAGUUUGUGCUGAACAUCCAUAAACCCUGACAAUAAUUUGUAAGGAAAGCAAAUCACGCUGAAUUAUAGCUAAAUAUCUAAUGUAAUAGCUUAAGACUAAUUAGGUUGUUUUUACUUGGAGAAACAACCAAAUAUAACAUAUUACUGUUAAUUUUAUAAGUCUGUCGAAAUACAAAUUGGCACUGGAAGUAAACCGUAUAAAGAAAUUGACUUAAUGACAGAAUUAGGCAGCAAAUUUCAACUUUUAAUAAAGUAAUAAAUUGAGAAGUUAGCUUAGUCUCGGGCGCAAAAAUGUAUUCACAAGUGUUUUGAGUCAGUUUAUGCAACAAAACCUGUUUUGUUUUUUGUUUUUUUCCAUUAGCAGUUGAAUGAACUUGUGGGGUUGACAUCAUGUUGAGUGGUGUGUGUGAACACACACUCACAGCUCCACCAACAACAUAAAGUGACAAGAGUUUCAGUCCAGACCCACCAGGAGGCAACCAGCCUCUUCCUGGACUAAGAGGAAACUGUUAGUGUGUAAAGAGAUGUUUUUAAAGUGAAUUUUAAUCAAAUAUUUAAGAGCAAUAAUCAGGUUACAGCUCAGAGAACGAUGCACUCUCAGUCAGAGCUACAACACUCCAGGAUGAGGAGAUGAUUACUUUAUUCACCUGUAACUUUUUUUUGUUGUUCUUCUGAGGCGGCAAGUCCAGAAGGAUUAUUCCAACCACAACUCUGUAAGAAUAUUCUGUCAAACGUUGUCGUUUGUGGGGCCGAAUUUGACCCAGAUCCAAAACUUAGAACGUUGAUUUUGGGAAAACCAAACGGAGCCGGGAUAAUCAGUUCCUAACACGUCCUCCGCUUGGGAAUGAAAGUUGGGAGGAAUGCUGGGACACAGUUUGUGUUUUGGCCUGACUGAUGGUGACUCUUCUUUCCAGGAAGGUGUGUGUGCUUCUUUCUGCUGUCUGGGGUUUUCAGGAUCCGUUUUGCGAUCCUCGGUAAGCGGCUGUAUAAAAAUAAUACUAAUAAUAAUAAUACUAAUAAUAAUAAUGAUGCUUUGUGCCAAAUGUUCCCAAUUUUACACCACGGGAAGUAGCAUUGAUGCACACCACUGAUCUUGUCCCAGGAAGGCUUCCAUAUUGUCUUUUUUUGGUUUGUUUUUAUAGCAGUUAAUAUAAUAAAUCAUGAUGAUUUUUUUUAAUAAAUAGAUUUGUGAUAUGUA